UUCACACUGCAGACGCAUUUGGUUGAAGCUAAGUCGAAUUUCACAAUGCAAAGUCUCCAAGCAACUUCAGCCUCAUCACUACAAAACUUAUUUUGGGGGAAGAAUCUCAGCUUUGCACCGUAUACUCUUAACAGAAUGCAAGAUUUCAAACCUGCUAUGACAUUGCCUCCAUCUGGACCGCAGAGGUUAUCCAUAAAAUGUGGGGUUCGGUUCCGCCCUUGCAUUGAUAUACACAAGGGAAAAGUGAAGCAAAUUGUUGGAUCCACUCUUCGAGAUUCUAAGGAGGCAGAUACAAGCCUGGUAACUAACUUUGAAUCUGAUAAAUCAGCUGCAGAAUAUGCAAAGCUUUACAGAGACGACGACCUUGUAGGUGGCCAUGUAAUUAUGCUUGGUGCUGAUACCUUGAGCAUAUCAGCUGCAAUUGAAGCGUUACAUGCUUACCCUGGUGGGUUGCAAGUUGGAGGAGGAAUCAGAACUGAAAAUGCUUUGAGUUAUAUUGAAGAAGGAGCCAGCCAUGUCAUUGUCACCUCGUUUGUCUUUAACAAUGGGCAAAUGGACCUUGAGAGACUUAAGGAACUUGCUUCUCUCGUUGGGAGAAAUAGGCUUGUUCUGGAUCUUAGUUGCCGUAAAAAGGAGGGCGAAUAUGUAAUUGUCACAGACAAAUGGCAGAAGUUUACUGAUGUACGUCUCAAUGAGGAAGUCCUGAAUUUUCUUGCAGACUAUUCUGAUGAAUUUCUGGUUCAUGGAGUUGAUGUUGAAGGCAAAAAGUUGGGAAUAGAUGAGGAGCUCGUGGCAUUGCUUGGAAAGUAUUCCCCUAUUCCUGUAACAUAUGCCGGUGGUGUCACUGUGAUGGCUGAUCUGGAGAAGAUCAAACUUGCAGGGAUGGGGCGUGUGGAUGUAACUGUGGGCAGUGCUUUGGAUAUUUUUGGAGGUAACUUGGCAUACAAAGACGUCGUGGCUUGGCAUGCUCUGCAGGAUCCCUUGGCUGUCUAAUCUUAACUUCCAAUUGUUUGUUCAGUCGGAUUAGAGGUGAUAUCAUUACGAGGGAGUAAUUCAGAUUAUACGUUUUUCUAUAUCGUGGGAUAUUACAUGAAUUUUGAACUCGAAUUUGUUUUGCCCAGAAA